AUGCGUGCCCUCACCAGCAUCGCCAUUGCCAUUGUCGCCGCCAUCCUCACCCUUAGCUACCGAGGCUACACGCGACGGAACGCCUACUAUGAAAUUGAGAGCUUCAAGCAGUGGGGCAAACCCUGUGCAACGAUUUACGUGACUCGUCUGGCUCGCAAGUAUGGCUACGACUGGGACACGAACGUUUACGACUUUUACGCCGUUGACCUCAAUGACAAGAUCCCUUCCUGGGUUGCGGCGUUUGGCUCCGAGGGAGACUAUGAGCGGUGCGCUCUGCCCGGGUGUGUCGACAUUGCACGGCUUCUGCACAUGACGGCCAAUCCGUCCGACGAACAAGUGGCGGAUGUCUGGGGCCUGCUCGCGUAUGGACCUGAGAAGUGGGACGCGCGCAAGAAGGAAUACCAGCAGCAACAGAAGAACAGCGUUGGUGGCUCGGCUGGCGGCAAGUGGGAAUACACAAAACGAGCUGGAGCUAGGCCCGACCCGGACCACGUUGCUGAGCAAGAAGACAAGUAUGGUGAUGCGGGCGCUAAUAUGCGCCGGCGGAACGAACCCGUCCCAGCAAGCUCGGCAAAGGUUCCCAUGGCCAGUGUUUGA